GGAUCCCGGAGCAUUUCAGACGAGUGAAUAUCACCCGGAUGUGCAUGAAGCGCUUUGGGGCUGUCGCACCGGAGUAUCCAGAAUCAGCCUAUCCAGGGAUCCCGGAGCAUUUCAGACGAGUGAAUAUCACCCGGAUGUGCAUGAAGCGCUUUGGGGCUGUCGCACCGGAGUAUCCAGAAUCAGCCUAUCCAGCGAUGUAUGUGCGUGUCACGUCACCCACAAAGGAUUCAACAAUCCGUGUGCAGUUCAACUUCAAACGAAGCCCGGCAUCUUGCGAGCGGAGCGAGCUAACAGAACUUAAACCGUCUGGUACGGAGCAGUCAAUUAAACAAGCACUGACUCGUUCGUUUGUUCUCGUCUGCCAACCUGCACCGAAUGCUUUCGUCCUCGUUUCGCGUACCACCCAGACUUGUCGUAACAACGCUCAGCACGCAGGUGACGAAUGUGUAGACCCAACACCACUCGGUUCGGUUCGCAGACGACCUCGUUUUCAUGUUGUCAUUGGUCCGCAACUUUGCAACUGUCAAGAUUAUCCACCAGCUGAUGACAGCAGUCCAAGAAGACCAGCUGAGUCGGUUCCCAGAGUGGUCCCACCGGUCAACCAACCCUGUGUCCACGUGCUAUUUGUAAUGCUUCGAAUUUUAAAAAUUUCCGCGGAUGAUCCGUGCUUGCUGAAUGUCCCACUUCCUACCAGCAAGGCCGAAUCCCUGAUUCAUCAAUAUCAGAAUUCAAAGCUCACACGGAGAUGUGAACUACCGAGAGGACACAAAUGCUCUCUUAUCUCUGUAUCUGAUGUUGACUCUAAAUCUGCUACCACAGGUGCGAUGAAGGAAACACAAACGCUCCUACCGCUCGCCAUGCCAAAAGCUAUUUACCCACAUCGCUCCGGCAUUAACUCGCCUCGUACACCCCAACUACUUGCUCUGCUCAACGAAAAAGUUCAAAAUUCUCCAGAGUGUCAAGAGCUCUCGACUUUAACCAAGGACAUCAAAGCUGUAUCUCGACUGGAUAACGAAAGUGCAGGUGCUACGAUCGACAGUGGCAGCACCAAUCCGACAAGCACCACACUGUCACGGACCAGUUCUUCCGAUAGUGUUGAAGGGUCGCGACUCCAGGCAGCCAGCGCGUAUAAUCUAGAGGAGAGCGGGGAUGGUUCUGCGCAACGACGCCCACAAACAGCACCACAAUCUGACCCUCCUCUGAAAAUAAUGCGUGGGAGGGCAGUUUCUAUGAGGCAGCUGGGUUCCAGGCAUGCGUGCUCCACCACCUUUCGUCCAAUUGGUGACCUCAGUCCGGAGGAAGACAGGAGAUUGUCUCCGAUCAAAUCGGGAGAUAUCAGUGCACACAGUUGUUUGCGGUUUCGUUCUGAGAUAAAACAGCAUCCAUACGAGACGUUACGUCAGACACAACAAGUACAAUCUAACAGUUCUUCCGGCAUAAGUCCGCAACAGACUCCCAUCUUUCGACAUGUUGUACACAGUCCGUUCAAACCUGUGAUUCGUCCAUCUCCCUCAACCUGGACUGAAAAUAGUCCGCGUGUCCCGAAGGGACAGGAAUGCGUCAAGUCCAGCACAGAAGAGGACAGCACACAACUGCCAACGGAUAGCGGGAUGCAAGCUGAACCUUGUGCACUCUGUCUCGAAACCCUUGAAGGUGACAGAUCACAAGACAGCAAUUUAGUUCGCUGCCGCUCAGCUGAUGCACCACAACGUUGUCUGGCAACAUUCCACCUGACCUGCUGUCAAAUUUGGCUAGAAGAAAUCACUCUUGAAGGUGACAGUCCACAUUGUCCAGCAUGUUUGAGCAGAUGGGAUGCGACACCUUUCACCAUUGAAAACCCACAAGACUGUGGAAUCAAUUCAGCGCAUUCUACUGAACCAAGUCCUUCAUCUCACUGUUGUCUAUGUUGCACACAAUCACAGGAUUCAGUGCGAAAACCUGUCGAGGAGGAAAAUACUGUUACAGCUAAACACCCAGCAUCAGAUGGGGCUGCAACAAUCAGUCCAACAAGCGAACUGACCAGCCAAUGUUCUUCAACAACUACUCUGAAUAGCAAAGGUCCGACCACCAAAGAGGCCGCAGUACACCCAGCUCAGUCUAGCCCACCCGUGACUCCGAACUGCCCACCGUAUCUGGACUACAAAAACUGUGUUGCAGCAUUCUCACUUGAGGUUGCGGACGCAAUAGCCGCGCAAAAUUCCGUGGCCAGACGCCAAUGGGCGCUUCAACGUGCGGCUCAGUUAACAGUUCGACGCAUUUUGGUCGCAAGGCAGCAACAUCAGCAGUCAAAAUUAAAGCGAGNUCGUGCACACGUUCAUUCAACAACACCACCCUCAGUACCCACUGAGCCCGACUGCCUUCGUGUGAUGUUCCGUCUGAUCCAACAUCUGUUUGACGAUCCCGCAGAUGCCAUCUUCAUAGAUGCUUUGCGUGCUUUCCGUGAGCUACUCGGUUAUUUGGUGUGUUUCAACGUCGAAACACAGACUGCACUUCAGCGUGCCAUUGCACCCAUACUUCGUCGCCUACUUCGAUUUGUCGGUGGUGCAAGUGUGCUGUGGACGUUGCGCAGCCCGACAUCCGGUCUACCGACUCCCAUUCUUAUGCAUCAGACUUCUACAACUUCAGUGGAAGGUUGGAACGUAAACACUCCACCUAUGCCAGAUGGCCGUCCUGCGGAGAAAGUAGACGUGCUUUUUCGCCUGGACUCUAAGGAGACUGAUAGAAGUGUGAUGGGUGCAGGAGUUUUGCCUCCACCUGCGGCAAAUCUGCGUGAUAGGGCCAAUUUGGCACUUGCCACACUUGUGGAACUGGCCAAAGGUCAGAAUGGAGCCUUGGCGAUCGGAAGGGAUGUUGAAUGCGCAGCUCUACAGUUGCCAAAUACUUUGUGCUCUUGUUUCGUCGCUUCGCUGACUUCCAUAUUCAUCCAUGCACUGACAAAUUAUUUUUCACCCACACAUUUCUCCUUAUUUCAUCCAUUCACUUGCGCUUUAUUUACAGCUGCUCAGUGCCUCCCUGUCUGCGGGCUUCAACAUUUGACACGAUUUGUUCUGAGUUCUGCGAAAUUUCAUGCCACACACUUGAUCGGUCGACUGACGUUGUUGGAUAAACUGAUACGGAUGGACCAAACGCUCCCAUCAGUAAACCAAGCAGGCUCGGGUGCAGAACCGCACAGCGUCACUGCUACACUACUUCCAGAGCAACUACCCAACAUCCUCAUUAGUAACCCCGACCGACUGGCUAGACGACAUCUGUGCUCAAGUUUGGUGUUUGCUAGGCGUCAUCUUUUGCCACCGACUCCAAAUGCGGAAAUGGCUAUCUGUUUCCCGCAUCACUACCAGUAUCAAACCGGAGCCAGUGCCAAACCGCUAUCCUGUGCUUCUCCGGUGAAUAGUGCGAGUAAGAUAUCCGACUCCAUUUGCUCCCAGACGCAACAAAACAACCCUGCACUGGAUAGUUUGUAUAACACGCAGCUCAAAGCAAGUCGUGUGGCUCGUCGGGUGUUUCUCACUGCGGCUCGUUCCCUGCUGACUUACGGAAACAGAACUCCUCCAGAAUAUACUUCAACAUCAAAUGUUCACAGUGCACAAACGCCUUACAGCUCUGAUGACUUUUGUCCGAGAGAAUUUGUGGAUGUGGAAAUCAACCGGACAGAAGCUCCGUUGGCUGCUUGGAUUCGGAACAAAUUGGCAACACUUUUAUACCCAAAUUUGGUUGUCGGUCCAGAGCCUUCUUUAAUCCCUGUAAGAAUGACCCUAAGCGAAGCUCCAAGCAUACCACCAAGGAGUGCGCAGGUAGUGAAGAAAACCACGGCAAAGCUUCCGACAUCUAAGACUAUCGAAACCAUGUCUUGUAUGACUGUUCGGCACUGUAAAAAUAUUUCCAAUAAAAGUCGCUCUUCAUCACCAGCUUUCAACCAAAAGACCUCUUCUGUCGCAAUGCUUAUGGACCAACCACCGACUCCUCCACCGAGAAGAAAGAUUUCUAUUGUACAAGAAACUGAGUUUGCUAAUGAACGUCAAUCUGAAUCCGAACAUCCUCACUUUUUCCGAGUUGCUCUGGAGCCUGCUUAUGAUCUGGUGCCCCUGUCUGAGUCUGAAAAUUAUAGCAGUAUGAGCGAAUGUGAAGAAGACGAGGAUGUGGAUCGGCAGCGGGAGGAUUUCUCCGACUGUAUGAAUGAACCUACUUACGGUGGUCGUUCCUUAGGGUCUGAAGCCGAACUAAGAACUGAACAGAAUGCCGUCCUGCGGUCGGCUCUGCGACGAUGUUCUCGUUCGCUGCGACCACUUCUUCCUGUUCCUGCCUUAUCUAUGGUAAUGGAUGCGUUUCGUUCGACGAAGAAACUUCCCAGUGCUGAUGAAUACUACGAGUCAAUCGAUUGGAUACGUGGGCCCAUUCUUGGCCACGGAGCAUUUUCUCAUUGCUACCAGGCUAGAGACACAAGAACGGGCUUACUCAUGGCUGUGAAGCGGAUUCGGUUAGGUGGCGGAUCCGUAUUUCCUGUGCCAACUGAUAAAUCUGAGGCCAAUAAAGUACCAGGCUCUGAAGGACUUGUUAAUGGUGCUAAUCCAGACGGGCCGCCUAAAGGCGAAAAUCCUCGGCUGCAGAAGACCAGUAGAGUUUUGUCCGCAGAGGCCGCUGCACAACUAUCCGAAGUACAGGCGGAGCCCGUGGUCUUUUGUGCUCAUCGAAACCUCGUUGACUUGUUCAUCGAAUGGAUGCCGGGCGGAAGCAUAACAAGCCUACUUCGUCAAUACGGCGCUUUCAAUGAGUCACUUACUUUGGCCUACGGUGUGCAGGUUGUGCGUGGACUUGCCUACUUGCACAAGCAUGGUAUCUUGCACCGGGAUCUCAAAGGUGCGAAUCUGCUUGUUGAUCACACUGGCAGCGUGGUUCGCAUCUCCGACUUUGGCGCGUCCGCUCGACUGAUUGGUGACAAGAGUGUAGCUGGCCAGUUUCAAGGACAAGUAAUUGGAACAUUCUCAUUCAUGGCACCUGAGGUUCUGCGAGGUGAGACUUACGGUCGAGCUUGUGAUAUCUGGUCCGUCGGUUGCUGUCUGAUCGAGAUGUUGACCAGCAAGCCGCCAUGGUACGAUGCCAAACUGACCAAUCGAUACGCCCUCAUGUUUACUAUUGCAACAUCUGAAUCGCCUCCAACGUAUCCACCGAACAUUGAUGAGGCUAUUGUGGACAUUCUAGAUGCCUGCUUUGCCAGACAUGCACCGAGUAGACCUACAGCUUCUAGACUAUUAUCGUAUCGUGCUUUCGCCCGUCUCACGGAAUCCUUUUCUCCUUCAAAGUCUUCUGACGAUCCUCGCGCUGUACCAUCGUCCGGUAGGAAAGGUACUGUGACAACAGAAACAGGAUUUAGUCCGGUCAUUUCCAAUACGAAUCGGAAGUCUCGUUCUAAAAGCAGUCACACCGCCUUACCUCCAUUACCGAGAAGCGCAUCGAUUUGUCCGAAUGCUCUGACGCGCGUCGCGUAAAGAGCCGUGCUUGGCCUAUCACAUCAAAAACCCUACCAACCAAUCGUCUCUGAUUCCAUCAACGCAAGAUGGACCAAGUCGCAUGGAGCCGCAUUGACAUUCGCAACUUCCGUCCGAUUAAAUAAACGUUUAUGUAUAUUUAGGCUGUUUUGUAUUCUACGCCCUUUUGUUUUAGUUGCCUCAAUAUUCCCUGAUCUAUUAUCAUGACAAUCUUUUCACGCUGUGCGACCUAUGCACUUGCUCCUUUCAAUCCCAUGGGAUUCGUAUGAUAUUCCUAUUUUUCCCGAGUUAUCCCUUUCGGCUUUCCAUGAGUUUUUUUCUAUGAAUGAUAUCCAAACCUUUGGGCUACUUUCAAGAAAUUUUGUGCCUACUAAUCUC